UGGAAUUACUAUUAUAUGUUAACUGCCAUUAAUUUUAAAAUUUGUUUGAUGUUGAUUUGAGUUUUUUAUUUGUAUUUUUUCAGGUUCAAUGGAGAGAAGUUUUGAUUUAGGUUCUUUCUUGAAGAAUCAUGACAAGAAACACAAAGCAAAGCCGCCACAAUUUUUGAGCGUAGCCAUCGGGGUGAAGAACCGGCUUGAAAACAACUUGAAAAACAGAAGAAGUUCACGAUUAACAAUUUUUGAUAAAAUAAGGAAUUUGGCGAAAUGUGAGAGUCCCGAGUCAGCACUGCCAGAUGAGAGUCAAGUGCCACUAUCAGAGGCUCAGUUGAAAGUGGAGAGGCGACGGCAACAAUUGGAGAAAUGGAAGAAUGAUAGAGAAAAAAGAAAGAAGGAAUUGGCAGCACACAAAAAAAAGCCGUUUAUCACUGGAUUGCCACAUGCACCACUGAAGUAUGUUCCUCCACCCCCACCACCCAAGGCUGCUUCUAGUGUGAGUUUGAGAACGGUCCCAAGCACAUCAGGAAGAGUUACUCGGUCUCAGUCGGCCAGAAACAAUGCUGCAAAGAAAGAUGCCAAAUUUCAAUCAUUUGCUCCAAACAAUGUAGUUUUCCACCCUCCACAGAUAAAAAACUUGACAAAGUUACCAACAUUGGAACCAGUAACAAAAGCUAAGACAAAUGUAAAAAAGUAUCUUCUAAAAUUUAAUUCAGCUCUAAAUAACUAUACAUCACAGCCAAUCAAAUCCAAAACAACCUCCAACAAACAUCCUGCUUCAAAAGCGACCAGUCAUAAAACUGAGAAAGAUAAACAGAACAAAACAACUAUUAAAAAUAAAGUUACGAAGAAAUCCACUCCAAAACCACCUAAAACUACUGAAAAGGCUUUGACAAGUUCCUCAAGUAGUGACACCGGUAAAUCCUCACCAGAAUCAUCAGUUACCAGCAGCAGAACACCGAGGAAGUCGAUUCCAAAGAAUUCACAAAAUGUUACACCAAAACCCAAUAUUCCAAAGAGUGAAUCCAGCUCUGAAGAGAAACUGAGGUCACCAGAGUCUUCAGAUGAUGUAGUGUUGACCCCACAGCAGAUAAUUGAGGAUUUUAAGAGAAGUAGCCCAUGUGUUACCUUGUCUCGGGGUAAGGAUAAUGCUAGGAAAGAAAUCAAGAAGAAAAUUGAUGAAGGUUUAUUAGAUGAAGAUACAAAUAACACAGAUAGUGUGGACCAUUUCCGCAGACAGCUCAACUCAGAGAUUGCCAGAUUGACAGAGAUGUGUGAGGUAUGGGAAAAGAUACGGGAACAGACGCCGCUAGUGGAAACUGUGCAAGACGAAGUGCUGGGCGCGGUGGGGCAGGCGCGGCUGCUGAUGUCUUCCAAGCUGCAGCAGUUCGCGGGGCUGGUGGAGCGCUGCGCGCGCCCGCCGCCCGCCGCCGCGCUCGUCACCGCCACAGACCUGCACGGCUUCUGGGACAUGGUCUUCAUGCAGAUAGAGAACAUAGACGUGAGGUUUAAGCGCCUGGAGGAGUUACGACAGCGUGGGUGGGCGGAGGAGGCGCCCGAGCCGGCAGCGAAGCCCCGCCGCGCCGCGGUCGCCAGGCGAGCCGCGCCCCCCGCCCGCCCGCCCGCAGCCAGUCGCCUGCGGGACAUGAUCGCUGCGGCAAGGAAGGCUAAAAAAGACCAAGAGGAUCAAUUGCUAAAGGUUACGACGACCACAGAAGAUAGCAAGACCUUCGACGCUGGAUUCUUCCGCGUGCAGUCGCCGGUCCGUUCGUCGCCAGCUUUCAGCACGCCUUCCAAACCCAGCCUGCUGAAGACUGUUCUCUCCAGCGAGACCAACAAGUCUGCGUCUAAGAGUUCAACAUCAUUUGCAAUGUUGCGUGCGUCACUAAUGAGCAGGGAUUUGGAGUCAGAUGGAGUAUAUCCACUGCCGCAAACACCCCUGACCCCAAUAAAUCUGCACGCAACGCCGGGCCGCAGUAUAUUGAAGUCCACCAAAAAAACUGUUACCAAAUCCGGUAAAAAAUCAAUCAAAGUUGUUCUAUUUGAUCAAUCGGACACUGAGGAUAUCACCAAUAAAGAGGCAAACGAACAAGCACAGGAUAAAGAAAAUAACAGAGACAUUACCGCGGAUAGUGGACUUUCAUCUGUGGAUGUAAAUAAAGAGAACCAUGAGAAGAAGACUGAGAGUUCAAAAUCAAAACUAACAAGACAGGAUGCAGUACAGCUCGAUUGGAGUCCGGUUCAAACAAGGAGCCGCCGUAAGAGUCAACAAGCUCAAGAAGAAGGGAAACGCAGGUCUUCGAGACGGAAGACGCUCCAAGAAACCAAUGUUAACAUACCAGUAGAAGCGGUUCCAACUCCAAAGAGAUCUACUAGAUUAAGGAAGAGUGCAUUACAAAAUGUUGAGGCUUGAUAACUUAUCAAGUCUCAAAAUUUUGUAAUGCAGCGCUUGAUUAAGCGGGGGAAAGCGUGCUCGCGCAAUCGUGAGUAAUUGCAUUUUUUGUGUUCUCUUACUUUAUUCUUAGUGGAAACAAGCCUAUUCUCUUUGCCCCGUAGUCAGAUGUCCGCCAUUUUGAAAUGACAAUUAAUUAUUACAAAAAGGCGCGAAAACACUCACUAUGGAAGAACGCGGUAAAUUAUCAGUAACUCUAUAAUUGUCUUUGCUUCCAUAGUCCGAUAUCCGCCAUUUAGCAAAGACAACUAUUAUAAAAAGGCGCGAAAACACUCACUCUGGAAGAACACGGUAAAUUAUCAGUAACUCUAUACUUGUCUCUGCUCCAUAGUCAGAUGUCCGCCAUUUUGCAAUGACAAUUAUUACAAAAAGGCGCGAAAACACUCACUCUGGAAUAACACGGUAAAUUAUCAGUAACUCUAUACUUGUCUCUGCUCCAUAGUAAGAUAUCCGCCAUUUUGCAAUGACAAUUAUUACAAAAAGGCGCGAAAACACUCACUCUGGAAUAACACGGUAAAUUAUCAGUAACUCUAUACUUGUCUCUGCUCCAUAGUAAGAUAUCCGCCAUUUUGCAAUGACAAUUAUUACAAAAAGGCGCGAAAACACUCACUCUGGAAUAACACGGUAAAUUAUCAGUAACUCUAUACUUGUCUCUGCUCCAUAGUAAGAUAUCCGCCAUUUUGCAAUGACAAUUAUUACAAAAAGGCGAGAAAGCACUCACGAUUGAAGAACGCGGGAAUGCGCUCUCGUUCUCUUUGUCUAGGUAUAUUAUUUACACACCAUGUUCCUUAUUAUCCAUUAUUAGGUGAAAGCCUAUUUACGCUUGAAAGAAAGGACUCGCAAUUGACCAAAUAAAAAUACGAAGGGAAUAUGUAUU